GUGGAGGAUGCAGAUGUAUGUGAUGGGACCAUCGAGCUUGAAGGACCCAUCAUCGCCGAAGCCUUGAGAAAUCUUGUCAUCGGGUCAAAGACAUCAGAUCUGUUCUGCGUAACCUUCUUGGGACUCUGCAAAUAUCCAGAAAUCGAGCCAUGGGAAGUCCCUUUCCCGCCUAAGACGCUCCCUCGCACGCGUCCAGCUCCGAGCGGACAAGACCCCAUUAAGGUCGUGCACUAUUCUGAUAUUCAUGUCGACCAAAUGUAUACUGAGGGGUCGAAUUCAGAGUGUAGGAAGCCUAUAUGCUGCAGACCUUAUACUGAGGGAGAUGAGCCUGGUAACACGGACUCGCCCGCUGGUCCUUAUGGCGAACAUACAUGCGAUUCUCCCGCUAGGCUCGAGCUUAGCAUGUAUAAGGCGAUCAAAGAGUUGGUUCCCGAUGCAGCCUUUAGCAUCUUUACGGGGGAUGUUGUCGACCACGCCAUCUGGAAUACGAGCAUCCCUUAUAAUGAAGGCCAGAUUGUCGAGUCCUAUGUAAACAUGGAUAGUCACUUAGGCAUUGUCUAUGGCACCGCUGGAAACCACGAAGCGCAUCCUACAAACGCCUUUCAACCCAACUCAAUUGGCAACUCAUCACAGUGGAUCUACGAUCUACUCUCAGGCAUCUGGUCACACUGGAUCGGCCCCAAAGCUGCCGUCACAGCAGAGGAACUCGGGGCGUACUCGACUCGAUACCCUCAUGGCAACCUACGUGUCAUUUCUCUCAACACCAACCUGUUCUACCGCGGAAACUUCUGGCUGUUCCAGAAGGAUAUGCUCCGUGACCCAAGUGGUCAGAUCGAGUGGCUCGUGAGAGAGCUUGAUGCCGCAGAGAAGGCAGGCGAACAUGUUUACAUCAUUGGACACAUGCCGCUCGGAGACAGGAAUGCGUUCCACGACCAGUCGCAUUAUCUCAACGAGGUUGUGCAUCGGUACUCGGGGACCAUCGCGGCCAUGUUCUAUGGACACACGCACAGAGACCAUUUCCAGAUUACAUACGCCGACUCUUCGAAUAAGAGCUUUUCUAAUGCUCUUGUAACCUCAUACAUAGGCCCCUCGCUUACGCCUAUGUCCGGAAUGCCCUCGUUCCGCGUUUACGAUGUUGACCCAGUCACCUUUGCUGUCCUCGAUGCGACAACUUACAGCGCCGACAUGACAUCCGACACUUAUCAGACUCAGGGACCUGUGUGGAAGAAAUACUACUCGGCUAAGGAAACAUACGGACCUCUCACAAACCAUCCCCUGACGAAUCCUCAUACAGAGCUCACCGCAGGGUUUUGGCAUAACAUAACCGAAAGGUUCGAAACAGACCAGAAUGCUUUCGAUGACUUUAUGCUACGCAUGAGCCGUGGGUGGAAACAGCCAGAAUGUAACGAAGACUGCAGACAGACACAAAUCUGUCAGCUUCGAGCAGCUCGGAGUGAGGAUAACUGCGAUGUUCCCACACUUGGUUUUUACUACCAGAAGAGAAUGGAAGACAGCUCAGAGCGGGACGAGUGUGGCAUCUCUGUCAUGCAGGCUACGUUAUCGGCUUUGGUGUCGAGGAAGGGCGUGCUGGAGAUGUUGCAGGGUUUGCUACUUGGGAAGAAUCUGGAAUUGUUUGGGUGA